AUGCAUAUAUUACAAAAAGGUAUAUCAUAUAAUGCUCCUUUAUUAAGUCGAUCAUUGCAUCUUUUAAAAGAUCUAGCAUAUGUAAAUGGUGAGUGGACAGGAGCAAUAAAAAAAGAAACAUUUCCUAUUUAUAAUCCAGUUGAUAAAUCUGUUAUUAACAAUGUUCCUGAUAUGGAUGUUCAAGAUACUCAAUUAGCAAUCGAUGCUGCUUCCAAAGCUUUUAAAACAUUUAGUCAAACAACUGCAAAAGAACGAAGUGAUUUAUUGAGAAAUUGGUAUAAUCUAAUGGUAAAACAUUCUGAAGAUUUAGCACAAAUUUUAACCAAAGAAAAUGGAAAAUCCAUUGCUGAAUCUAAAGCUGAAAUCAGAUAUGGAAAUUCAUUUGUUGAAUGGUUUUCUGAAGAAGCUAGACGAAUUAAUGGAGAGAUAUUGCAAGCACCAGUAUCUAAUAGAGAACUUCUCUUGUGGAAACAACCAGUAGGAGUAGCUGCUUUAAUUACACCAUGGAAUUUUCCACAUGCUAUGAUUACACGAAAAGCUGCUGCUGCUCUUGCUGCUGGAUGCACAUGUGUGAUUAAACCAUCUGAAGAUACACCCCUUACUGCUUUAGCAUUAGCUGAUCUUGCAGAGAAAGCAGGGUUUCCUCAUGGAACAGUAAAUGUAAUUACAACAAGUCUAAAAAAUUCUCCUAGUGUUGGUAAAGAAUUAUGUGAAAGUGUUAAGGUAAGAGCUUUAUCAUUUACUGGCUCAACAGCUGUGGGAAAAAUUUUAUAUCGACAAUGUGCUUCAAAUAUAAAGCGACUUGGUCUUGAAUUAGGAGGUAAUGCACCAUUUAUUGUGUUUGAUUCUGCCAACAUAGAUUUAGCUGUAUCAGGUGCUAUGGCAAGUAAAUUUCGUAAUACUGGUCAAACAUGUGUUUCUGCAAAUAGAUUCUUUGUACAAGCUGGUAAAUUUGAUAAAUUCAUAGAAGCAUUUUUAUCAAAAAUUAAGGAUGAAAUUAAAAUGGGUGAUGGUAGUAAGGCAGGGGUAACACAUGGUCCUCUUAUUAAAGAAAGUCAGUUAAAUAUGGUAAAUGCAUUGGUUACUGAUGCAGUACAAAAGGGAGCAAAAGUACAUUGUGGUGGUACACCAUUACCUGAAUUAGGACCAUUGUUUUAUGCUCCUACACUUAUAACAGGUGUUACUCAAGACAUGAAAAUAUAUGGUCAAGAAAUUUUUGGUCCAGUAGCUGUUAUUCAUAAAUUUGACACUGAGGAUGAAGCUAUAAAAAAAUCUAAUGAUAUACCUGUUGGUCUAGCUGGAUAUUUUUAUUCUGAAGAUAUAUCACAAAUAUAUAGAGUAGCAAAAAAAUUAGAAGUUGGAAUGGUUGGGGUAAAUGAAGGAUUAAUUUCUACUGCAGAAGCUGCUUUUGGAGGUGUAAAAGAAUCAGGUAUAGGAAGAGAGGGUUCUAAGCAUGGUGUUGACGAUUUUCUUGAGAUAAAAUAUGUGUGUCUGGGAAAUCUGAAACAAUGUUGA